AGAGCAAAUACAAAAACAAAACAAGAUCUUACAGCGAUGUGGGAAGGAAUUGACUACUUGUUCACAGAUGAAGUGUCCAUGAUAAGCUGCGAUUUUCUGACCAAAAUUCAUGACACACUAGUUGAUGCCAAAGAAAACACAACAUCAUUCAGAGGAAUGAACAUUAUUUUUGCUGGAUAUUUCACUCAGUUAUCACCUGUAAGUGGCAAACAGUUAUAUGCUCACCUCAACCUCAGACACUGUGCAAUGACACAAGGAUAA